AUGGCUGAUGAGCGACUCAUGUCCUUCGAUCUGGACACCUUUGAGCUAUCCACGAGAGACUCACUGCAUUCACUGAGCGUUUCUACUACUGCCUCUCUGCUCGUCCCGGCUACCUUUCGAGAGGGCACAUCUAUCGAAGAUUUAGCUCACAUGGUCAAGACAGGAGCCUUGUGGAUUUGGACGGAGAUGGGCCUAGAAUUGAAGAGAGACACAAGGCCGCGGCGGCCCGCGAACAAGUCCCCGGAACCACAGCUAUGCUUCUCGGUCGAUCAUCCAGCGUCGGCCGACGGCUUGAUAGCACCACCAGAAAUACCCUGCGCCAAGUUUCGGGCCGUCUCCUGUCGCUUUCGAUUCCGUGGCCCUAAGCUUCGGAGUAGACCGCAAGCUCUUCGCUCUACGACAAAGUCCCGUCCAGCAAAUGGCGCAGGAUACAUCGCCGAAGGUCUGGGUAUUGCAGACCUCAGAUGGAAGGUCACCAUGCUUCUGAGGGCGGCACUGUAUAUCCUCUUUGGCAUCACGCGUAGAACUGCGGGUGUACGCACACUGGAUAGAUUCAAGGGUCCUUCGCUACUUGAUAUCGCACCAGCUGUCUGGAACUCUUACUACUUCAAGUCCGUCGCUUCACGAGCCCCAUUCAUACCAAGCAUCGCUUCAAGUCUCGCCUAUUUUGAGAAUGCUCAGACGCCACUCUUGCGCAACAAGAUCGAGAAACUUCUUGGGGGCUCAGAUCGACAGGAUGCUUCCGACGGUCAGAGUGAGGCUUUGUACAACGUUACCGAGAAGAGCUUGUGGAAAGUCCUUUUGACCAACAUAUCGUUCACGAAACGGCCGGAUCGAAGACGCGUACCAAGUGCGACUGGGAGUGGUUUGGAUGAAAAGUUGCAGGACGGCAUAUUUGUCCAAGGGCCAGGAAAGGGAGACGGUCCAUUAUCGGAGCUCCCUGGGGCGAACCUGUCUGUAGAUGCCAGCCAAGCUGCAUCAAGGGAAGAUGACGCGUCCAUACUACGGACAAGUCCGCCGUCAGACCCAGGGCCCCUUCGAUAUCCCAGCAACGACAAUCAAAUGGCACUCACCAAUACUCCCUUACCAGACGACAUUUUUGUUGAUGAGUCAGAACAGACUUGGUGGCUCCCUAGGACCCAAAAGACCCCUGACCUGCUGCUUCAGUCUCCAUUGCCACCAAGGAUGAGCUCCCCAUACGCUGGCGCAGAGUCCCUGCCUGGUAUCUAUGUUGAUCCGCAGGGCGGAGCAGAAAACUUGGACAGCUGUCAAGACAUUCCUGGGCUUGAUACUGAUGAUGGAAUAUUUGUAUUGAGCAGUGAAAGCACAAAAGCUAUGCCGUUCCCGGCUGAAGGAUUGUGCCUCUUCGAAGGCGCCCACAAUAGUGCCGGAGUUUUCGAUGCCGACCUCGUCGAACAAGUUGACAACCAUGGGGCCCAUAACUCUGGCUACAACAAUGAGACGAAACCUGACGACUGGCCCCGAGAAAUAUAUUGGGAGAAUGCAGAAGCUCAGCUCCCGGCCAUGUCACUACCUGGUUUGUUUGAACUUGAUUCGCUUAGAACAGAACUGUGA